CUCCGGGCUCCCAUGCCCGGCUGCGGGCGCGGCGGGGGCGCGGGCUGCGUUGCCAGGCGCCGAAAGAUCCGGGCUGCGACUUGGGCAGGGCGGGACAGCACCCGGGCGGCAGCGGCUCCGGCGGUGCUCCGAACGGCGGCAGCAGCAGCUCCGGGCGGCGGCUGAGCCCCGGCUCGGCAGCGGAAAGCCAAGCGGCAGCAAUGGCGGCGGGGGCCAGGAGCCGCUACGCGCCUGGGCAGCCGCGGCUCUAGGAGGGGAAGCGCGGAGCUGGCGAGGGGGGCCGGUUUCCGGCGGGUGAUUUAUUUCUGCCCUCUCGCUUAAGUUCCCAGAGGAGCGGGGCUGGCCGGCACCGGCCUCCCCCCGCGCCGCCGCCCCACCUGCUCCGCGGCGGCUGAAGGUGCGGGGCGGCCAUGGAGAGCCCUGCCGAGAACCCCAGCAGGGCGGCGGAGUACCUGAAGGAGCUGAACAAGAUCAUCGAGACGCAGCAGGAGCUGCUGGAGAAGCAGAAGCGGCGGAUCGACGAGCUGGAGCAGCAAGUGGCCAAGUUGUACCACGAGAACGCCCGUCUGCAGGACGAGCACCACCGGCACCUGGCCACAUGCAGGCUGCAGCCGGGCGGCCCCCCCGCCUACCCGGGGGUGCUCAGCGCCAUCCAGGAGAACGCCCAACACGAAAAGUCUGAAGGCGAGAGUUCAAGAAGCAUCAGGUCUUUAAAUACUCUGCACCAGUUUUGCUGUCCAGCUCCAUUGUACCAUACCCAGCUAGCUGUCCCUGCCACACACUCAGAGUACAGGACCUCGCUGGAAACAGGAAGCAGCAUCUCAACCGAUCCGCUCAGUGUUGAGGGUGAAGCUCCAAGCAGUGAAACUGGCACAUCCUUGGACAGCCCAUCUGCUUACCAUCAAGGACCUAUAACACACAGCUCAGCUCUGAGCCCAGACCACUACGACCAUUCUGCCUACGGGCUGUAUUCUGUCUCCCCUGGACAGCAGAGAUCCCGGCGGCCCAAACUGCAGCACUCCACGUCCAUACUGCGCAAACAAGCAGAGGAAGAAGCUAUCAAAAGGUCAAGAUCACUUUCUGAGAGCUAUGAACUCUCUUCAGACCUACAGGAUAAGCAGGUGGAGAUGCUAGAACGGAAGUAUGGAGGCCGUCUCAUAACGCGCCAUGCUGCCCGCACCAUCCAGACGGCCUUCCGCCAGUACCAGAUGAACAAGAACUUCGAGCGGCUGCGCAGCUCCAUGUCGGAGAACCGCAUGUCGAGGCGCAUCGUGCUCUCCAAUAUGAGAAUGCAGUUUUCCUUUGAAGGGCCUGAGAAAGUCCACAGCUCCUACUUCGAAGGGAAGCAAGUUUCCGUGACCAACGAUGGGUCCAAGCUGGGAUCCAUGGUAGCGUCGGAGUGCGGCGACCUUGAGGAAGCGGCUCCCAUGAAGUCUCCGGCGGCAUCUACUGACUUUGCGGACGCUAUCACGGAGCUGGAGGAUGCCUUCUCCAGGCAGGUGAAAUCCCUCGCCGAGUCCAUCGACGACGCGCUCAACUGCCGCAGCCUGCAUUCGGAUGAGGUCCAGACUCCAGAUCAAGUGAGGAGUCGUGAAAUGGAAAGGGAUAGUUGUGCCCAGCCCAAGGCGGCCAUUCACGGUGUGGAUCACAGGAAGCUUGAUGAGAUGACAGCCUCCUACAGCGAUGUCACUUUGUAUAUUGAUGAGGAAGAGCUGUCCCCGCCCCUCCCACUCUCCCAGUCGGUAGACAGACCAUCCAGCACAGAGUCGGACCUGAGGCUCCGCUCCAUGAACUCUUCUCAGGAGUACUGGUCCAUGACCCACAAAGACGAUAAGCUGGACACUGACACAAGCUGCAGAAGCACUCCCUCACUGGAGUGUCAGGACCAGAGGAUGAGAAUGGAUCAUCUGCCAUUGCUAACUAUAGAGCCACCCAGUGACAGCUCAGUGGACUUGAGUGACCGCUCAGAGAGAGGGUCACUAAAGAGACAGAAUGCCUAUGACCGAGGGAUCACUAGUCAACAAGGAAGCCCAAAACACAUCCCACACAGUAUUCCUGCCAAGAUGAUAUCCCGAGAGGAACAGGAGGCAAGGCACAGGCCUAGGCCUAUCGAGAGUCACUUAGCUAUCAAUGGCACAGCAAACAGGCAGAGCAAGUCAGAGUCUGAUUAUUCCGAUGGUGACAAUGACAGCAUCAACAGCACUUCCAACUCCAAUGACACAAUAAACUGCAGCUCAGAAUCUUCUUCCAGAGACAGCCUCAGGGAGCAAACCUUGAGCAAGCAAACCUACCACAAAGAGACUCGCAACAGCUGGGACUCCCCUGCCUUCAGUAACGAUGUGAUCAGGAAGCGCCAUUAUAGGAUCGGCCUCAAUCUCUUCAACAAAAAACCUGAAAAAGGAGUCCAGUACCUAAUCGAGCGAGGUUUUGUGCCGGACACUCCAGUUGGUGUUGCUCACUUUCUGCUGCAAAGGAAAGGCCUCAGCAGACAGAUGAUUGGAGAAUUCCUGGGCAAUCGGCAGAAACAGUUCAACCGGGACGUGCUGGACUGUGUCGUGGAUGAGAUGGACUUCUCAACAAUGGAACUGGAUGAAGCACUCAGGAAAUUUCAGGCUCAUAUCCGUGUUCAGGGAGAAGCCCAGAAAGUAGAGCGGCUGAUUGAAGCUUUUAGCCAACGAUACUGUAUCUGCAACCCAGGUGUGGUGAGACAAUUUAGGAACCCUGACACCAUCUUCAUCCUAGCUUUUGCCAUCAUACUGUUAAACACAGACAUGUACAGCCCAAACGUCAAACCAGAGCGCAAAAUGAAGCUGGAAGACUUUGUCAAGAACCUAAGAGGCGUGGACGAUGGGGAGGAUAUCCCGCGGGAAAUGCUGAUUGGGAUUUACGAGCGCAUCCGCAAGCGCGAGCUGAAGACCAACGAGGAUCAUGUGUCCCAGGUCCAGAAGGUUGAGAAACUCAUAGUAGGGAAGAAACCGAUUGGAUCUCUGCACCAUGGACUUGGCUGUGUCCUCUCCCUUCCUCACCGGAGGCUCGUUUGCUACUGCAGGCUGUUUGAAGUUCCAGAUCCAAAUAAACCUCAGAAGCUUGGAUUGCACCAGCGAGAAAUAUUCUUAUUUAAUGAUCUUCUUGUGGUGACCAAGAUUUUUCAGAAGAAGAAGAACUCGGUGACAUACAGCUUCCGACAGUCCUUCUCCCUCUAUGGAAUGCAAGUUCUGCUCUUUGAGAACCAGUAUUAUCCCAAUGGCAUUCGACUCACGUCAGCUGUUCCAGGAGCAGAUAUCAAAGUGCUAAUAAAUUUCAAUGCACCAAAUCCUCAGGACAGGAAGAAGUUUACAGACGAUCUGAGGGAGUCCAUUGCAGAGGUUCAGGAGAUGGAAAAGCACAGAAUAGAGUCUGAGCUAGAGAAGCAGAAAGGCGUGGUGCGUCCGAGCAUGUCUCAGUGCUCCAGCCUGAAGAAGGACUCUGGCAACGGGACGCUGAACAGAGCCUGCCUGGACGACAGCUACGCCAGCGGGGAGGGGCUGAAGAGAAGCGCACUGAGCAGCUCCCUGCGGGACCUGUCGGAAGCAGGCAAGCGUGGGCGACGCAGCAGUGCAGGAUCGCUAGACAGCAAUAUGGAAGGGUCCAUCAUUAGCAGUCCUCACAUGCGCCGAAGAGCUACAUCAACCCGAGAGUGUCCAUCUCGCCCUCACCAGACUAUGCCUAACUCCUCCUCACUCCUAGGUUCCUUAUUUGGUAGUAAAAGGGGAAAGCCACCUUCCCAAGGCCAUCCACCAUCUGGCUCAUCACAGCAACCUCCGCACCCUCCAGUACUCCCACAUCAGCAGCACUCACAGCAUCCUUCCGCCAUGCAUCACGCAGGGCCGGCCGAGGGGCAGACGCAGGCGCAGGUGCACUCCCACCACUCGCAGUACUGCCACAUGCAGCAGAACCCUCCGCCCUACCACCACCACCACCACUACCACCCUCCCCAGCACAUCCAGCACCCCCACCAGUACCACCAACACGUGCCCCACGCCCCGCACCCCCCGCACCCUCCCCACACCCCCUACCUGCCGCACGGCCACGCGCCGCACGCCCACCCUCCGCACCCCCCUCCACACCCCGGGCACUCGGCUCACCCCCAGCACCACCACGGGCCGCCGCCGCCGCCUCCUUCCAGCUCAGCCAGCACCAAGCCCAAACACAGCGGCAUCAGCACAAUAGUCUAGGAGGUGCUGCCCCUCCUGAUAGUAACUUAGUUUUAAAGGCAGUUGCAGAGGCACUUAGAGGAAGCACCGAGGAAGGUGGUCAGAUCUCCCCUAGCCAAUUGGAGCUGCGUGAGCUUUAAGGCUUGCUGUUAACUAAAUAAAAUCCUCCCGGUUAGCGCAACCGAUACUGGUUUUACUUACCCACCAGCUUGGUUAGUCCUGAUUGCCAGACUUGCCUUGUGAAAACCUGCUGCUUGCUGCUCCUGAGUAAAGCUACCUUUUACACCAAACCCCUGGGAGGUUUUACACUUUAAACCUCUGAAAGAACAACAACAAACAAAAAGAAAAAGGCAAAAAAGAGAUACAGACCCAAGUGUGGCGUUCUUGCUCUUCUCUUGGCAGUGGGCAAAACAAACACAAAAAAUUAAGUAGACCUGAUAUGGUUGAUGAAAGUACGUAAGUAAACUUUAUAUAAUAUAAAUAUAUACAUAUACAUAUAAAUAUAUAUAUAUAUACUGUAUAGUUAACGUUUGUGCUUGGAAAAGGAUUUCUUUUUUUUGGGUUGGUUUUUUUUUCAGUCCACAAAACUUAGCAAUAUAGACUUUACAAAAGGAAUUCCACUUACUUGCUAGGACAGUAUAAUAGGUGAAAUCAAGCGUAUGAAAGAGUAGACCAAAACCAUUCAAUAUUAGAAACAAAUCUCAGACAUUUUCAGUAUUUCCAUUCCAAGCCCUCUGGGCUUGCUGAGGUUUCUAAGCAAUCACUACUAAACGUGCCAAGUACCACAGAGUUUCAGUGUCGUAGUCAGAUCCUGCUCUGUAUAAAGUCCUGGUUUUCUUACCACGGCACUAUCAAAGGUAACCAAUAUUCUAACUGCUCUGCUAUUUCAGGUAAGCAAACUCCUUAAGAUGCAGUAAUUAUACCGUAGCAAUGUAGACUUGACCAACUUGACCCAUGGGCACCUCCAAGCAUUGGUCACACAGGUUCUUAGACACUUCUAAAGGCUGUGCUAACUGUGAACUUCCACGAUCCACGUCUCUUUUGUAUCAAGCACACAGGGAGGAGUUACAACAGGUGCAUGUACACACUGCAACAACAUUCAUCUCAGACAUGAAAGUGGCAAACUUCUUCCAUCCUUCUCAGCUACUUGGUUUCCUCUUUACCAUAAGUCCUCAUUUUUACCCCCCCCCAGCAAAGCUGAAUUUCUAGUUAGAGUGUUUCCAAGUGGAAGUGCUCUAAAACUUGAAGGUUUGUUUUAGAAUUUAGUCUAGGGUUUUUAUAGAUAUAUAUAUAUAUAUAUAAAAAUAUAUAUUUAAAAAGAAUAAGGUCUGUAAUUCCAUGUAGCCAUGUGCUAGCAACAAAGUGGCUUUACCAUUUUUUACUCAUCACAUUGUGAGUUUGAAAAGUGCCCAGCACUCAGCAGGCUGAGUCUACGCUCAAACCCUCACUUCCAUAGUCCAGUUAGUUGCAAAGACAUCACAUACAAGCAGGCUGUGCUGUCGUUGCUUCCGUGUUGUAACCAAACCAUCUUGCAGAUUCCUAUCUACCAUUUCUAUCCCCAAACCCUGUACCAAGUUACACAUGGCGCCUACUUUGUAGUUUCAGCGUUGUGAGCCACUGCAAGGACUUUACACCUAAAGAGUAGAGGCAGAGGAGUCACAGCUGCAAAACUGUACCAAGUCUAAAAGCAAACCUUGAAGAGGAUAAGCAAAAAGGUCCAGGGUGAGAUGGGUAAAAGUAAGAACAAUAAAGCCUGGCUGACUUUCUGUUGUCAGGAGUAAGGAAGGCAUGAGAACGAGAGGGUGACUUUUCAUAUUGGCUUGCUCAUGGCAUCUCUGAUACCUGGGGGGUGGGGGAGGAGGCUGACUAAUUUUGUCCCUUUCAUCCCAUUGAUCUCACAAUACCAGCAGAAAAAGCUGCAAACCGAGCACUUUGUUAACCUCCUCAGACAGCAAAUACAGCAAUCUAGAGUUUAACCUUUUUGUUUAGAGCUGUCCACGUUGGGUUCACACCUGUGCAAUACGUUUUUUGCCCCCCUCUGCUCCUUCUGCUCUCAGUUCCCCUCACAAAGAGGAGUCAUUUUUAUCUUUCAGUAUCACUCACACUGUCCUAAAUUCUGCAGCUUACCUUCGGAGGGCUCCCACGGCUCCCCUGAGGCUCUGUUCCUUGCAGUUAAAAGAUGUAAUACUGUUCUUAUAAGGGAAAGUAGAACUGUCUGCAUGUCAUCUACUGUUAGUAGUGUGAGGCUACACUCUACAUAUUGUAUAUUUGCAACAAUAUAUCAGUGUUACUGUUGAUAUUAGUUGAAGUAAAAGUGAUAACAUAUUCCAA